GCGUUUUACCUUGAUUUUUGCUUGAGCUCCGCUGAAGUUGCUCAUCAAGGAGAAUUACUUUGUGGUUGUGGAAGCGCGCAUUACAUGGUGGUGCUCUGGAGCGUGUGAGGGUGGUGCUUGUCAGUCCGCAGCAUGCUGGCAAUGUGGGAUCUGUGUGCCGAGUUGCUACUAAUUUUGGUGAAUUUGAUCGAAUCCCAACAUCGCUAUGCAUUCAUUUCGUGUUUUCAGUUCUGCAGCUUUGUUGUGCAUGAGGUGCUCGAUUAGAAUUCGCAGCUGAUCACUUGCGAUUGGAGAGGUCUGGAGAUGGAUAUAACUGGAUUUCUUUUUAUAUAUUUAUUUUUGUUUUAAGAAUAUUUUGUAAUAAUAUGUGUUUGUGGUUGCGUUGCUGCGUGGACGUGGAAAUAUGGAAGACUGCAAUGAGUUAUGGUUGGUGAACCCUCAAUGUGAUUUCAGGGGAGUGGAGGCACAGACGAUGGCAGCAAAUGUGACCUCGCGAUCCAAACUCGAGCAUAUUCGUGUCACAGAUACUCUUCCAGAGGCUCUCAAAGACUGUUCGAUGGCUGUUGGAUUCACUCGUCGCAGUGGAAUAUUGCGCAUCCCUGACACACGGCUUGCCAAUCUCUGCAUCCCACCUCUAGACUCACUAAAUCUUGCGAUUGUUUUCGGUCGAGAGGAUCGAGGUCUUACGAAUGAGGAAUUGAUGUACUGCACGCACGUUUGCAGCAUUCCUUCGAUUCAGAGUGCAGGCUCUCUAAAUCUUAGCCAUGCAGUGGCAGUGGUGUUAUCACGGCUAUACGAACAGAUUCCUCAUGAACAAGCUCAUGAUCCCUCCAACUAUGUACCGAUUCAUUCCACAUCUUUCAAGAACUUACCAGGUACAGCAUCUAUUGAAGCCGUGGAGAAUCUGAUGAGACGAUGGGAACUUGUCUUGCAAGCGUGCAAUCAAGCCACUGUAGCGCUAGGAAUUCCAAAUUAUAGAAUGCAGGAGAGGAUGUUGGUUCAUGUACGCCGCAUGUUAUUGCGAACAGGGCCCUCACUAAAGGAACUAGGAUUCCUACAUGGAUUUCUUACUAUGGUUGAAACUGUUGCCUCUAGGAUUCAAACCUCUCAAAUCACUGAGAAACCUCAUCCUUAUCAGGCAGAUGCUCAAUCUGAUAAAAGGAGUUGAGUUUGAGUAUUUGAAUCUCUGUGAGCGUCUACUUGGACUGA